GAGCAGACAUCGGCAGCAAGAUAACGCCAGAACCGCAGGACAAUGUCGUAAUCCAAGCAAGUUGGGGGCAUUUUAGUGAAUCUAUCACUACAUAAAGGACACACUUAUUUUCAGGCCCACGCCCAGUCCCCAUCACGUGAACUCACAUCCAUAUUUGACUUCCCAGCAACCUCCUACAAUGACCCUUCUAGCCUCCCGUCCUCCCUGUACGUUUUCUUCACCCGCCUUAAACCCAAGGUAACAAUCCGGUACAGUUGUGAACAUCGAAAGGACUAAUUUGGUCUUGUACUCUUUGUACCUUUGUGUUUUUCGUCUCUUUAAUGAAUUAAUGUUAUCAUGUCUUGUACCUAAAUACAAAGUGUAAGAUUUGGACCGUUGGAUCAAUCCAUUCGUAUCCCGAUCCCAGACAAAGAGGCGGAUAUCCAAACGGUACCUUCAAAUCACCAAUUACGCCAAAGCUCUUUUCACACCUUGGUAAUUGUCACUAAUCAGUCCUUUUCCUUAUGUUUAUCUUCUUGUUCUUUUCUUUUACCGGGAUUGGCUUGAAAACUGUUGAAAUUAUCCAUUGUUUUUCAUCCUUAAUCUUCUUUUCUUGUCUUCCUUUUUUGGAGAAGCUCUCUCAUUGCUAUCACUUUUCUUUCCUCCAAAAGUUUGGUUUUGACUAUGCAGCAGUUCAAGUGACCAAGUGGUGCUUUCUGCUUCAUUUUUGUGGUUUCUUUGUGCUUUAAUAUCAACUUUUUAUGUUUUUUUUCCUAAUUGAAGAAUUGGGUUUGGAUCUGGGAAUUCAGGUUCAAAGUUGUUCAUAAAGGGUUUUUGGAACUUUGUUUAGAUUCUCUCUUUUUUUAGUGAAUUUUAAGGUUAGGGUUUUCUAUGCUUGUAAAGUUUUAGCAUAUUUGAACCUUUUUGCUUUGAAUUGUUUUACUAAGACUUGGUUUUUAGGCUUGAGUGAGGAAACUGAACUUUUUUUCUUCUAGAAAUGUUAAUAUUGUUUUAGUUUGGACUUGGUCUUGAUUACUGGAAAUAUGUAGAAAUCAAAGACUUGAAAAUUUUGGUUUAUUUCCGACGUUGUUGGAGUUUUAACCAUAGUAGUGGUUGUUGAAACAACCCUUGAUUUGUUUACCUUUCGUUUUAUCUCCUUUAAGUUUUGAUUUAGCAAAUUCAGCUGUUCACUUUAAUUUUAAAAUCCAAUGAAAAUUUCUAAUUUGCUUUUGAUUUUUUAAUAGAAAAAUUUACAGAUCUUGAGAUGUGUGAUAAGUUUUGUAAAUACUUCAUUUUUAGUCCUUGUAAAUUGUUUAUAGCUUAAUCUAAGUCUUCAUAAAACGCACGAUUACAUAGAAAAGCUCCCCCUUUUCUAGCUUGUGAGCUAUGGAGACUCCAGAAUUUCCGGAUUGUUAGAACCAUGAGUUUUGGAUUCAUUUCUACUGCUUUUGGGUCAAUGGAAGCUGAAUUUAUAACCUUCUAUGACAGUUAUAUUAUUUUGACAUUCAAAACAGCUUGUGCUUUCUAUAUCAAUUUUAGUUUGAGAUUUGGCACAUUAUCAAUUGACAACGAGAGAGAGCACGUUUGUCGGCAUUCAUGCAAGGACAUGGAUGUGUACAAGCGUGCUCUCUAUCGUCGUCAUAUGAUCUGUACAAAGCUGUCUUUCUCAAUAUCUAUGUCUAUUACUGCAAUAGCUAGCAGGUGAUUCUAAUUACUUAUUCAGCUUGAAUAUCAAAUUUGCUACAAUUUUUUUUUAAAGAAACAUUAAUAAUCAAUUGCUUGCUAUUGUAGUAAUAAAUGUUGUUUACAUUUACCUAUACUUCUUUCUAAUCAUUUAUCAAUGGUUGGUAUAUUAAUUUUCUGCCCGAUUCAUUCAAUGCUUCAUCUACUUGUAUAUAUUUUUUGUUUGGUCAUUCAUUAAUGCCUGCGUUGCUAUAUAAAAUUUGAGUGUUUGGCUGAUAAGAAAUAACAUAAAAAGAAAAUGAGUGUAGUUGAGAUGAAGAUGGUUAAAUGGACGUUUAGUAAGACUAGAAGAGAAAAAAAUCAUAAAUAAAAAGAUUCGAGAAAAAUUAUGGGUAGUAUGAAUUGAGGAAAAGAUGAGAGAGGACUGUUUAAGAUAGUUUAGACAUAUGAAAUGUAGGCUUAUAUGUGCACCAGUUAUGAGAAAUGAGCUUCUAAAUUUAGAAGAGACCAAAACUUUUAUAGGUAGAUCAUGAAAGACACAAGUGCAAGUAAUAAAAAAUGAUAUGAGGGAUAAAGAAAUAGAUGAAAAUAUGAUUGUUGAUAGAAAUAAGUGGCUCAAAAAGAUUCAAAACUACAGCAAAGCUAUCCAAAGUACAAAGACUAAACUUUGUGAUAGCCAGUUCUAAGACAAGCUGAAAGUUUGGAUUUUGAACAGUAAUAAUCCAAUAUAGUCUUCAUGACCAUUAAUUGGAGCAGGACACCUAACUGACCUGCCCCUUUGUUGUUCUUUUUAUUUUUGGGAGGGGUGGAUUGUUGGAAAAGGCCAUGCUGUCCAUGAUGGAGCAUGGAGCAUUGAUAGAAUUGGUUCAAAAAUUUUAAUCCUCAUUUGAAGCCAAAGACCAAGGUGAUUUCAACAGGUCUUUGGUAUUAUAAUUUAUCAGCUAAGUUGAUUUUUGGUGUGUAAGACUAUUUUAGUAAUUUUGUUGUCUUCCAGCAAUAGGCUUUGUUGUGGUCUACUUGGUCUAGUAUUGGGUUUACUUAGGUUUUUAGGGCUUUUGUUUUUGAAGUAGUCUUUUUUUUUAGUCCCGAAUCUACCCUUAAACCUCCCUAUCCCAUUAUAUACCCGGUUGAAGAGGACAUUACCCUCCUAAGCUCUUUCGAAUCUGUAACCUUCAAGUGUCAAUUCCAUGACAUGCCAACUGAUCUAAGGAAUAGUUGGCUUGUUUUUGAAGUAGUCUAGAAGUCUUUAUAAGUACCUAUAUGAUUUUCAUAUUUCUCCAGGCUUUUGUUUAAGGAAAUUGAUAUUACUUUGGUUUAUCUAGGCCUAUAUAUAUAUGUAUGUAUGUAUGCUUAGAAAGAUAGUUUGUGCUCUUUGCUCUCUUUGCCAUCUUCUUCUCUCUUUAUUGCUGCACUCUCAGCAUACUACUGUUCAUAGCACAAAAUAGCCCUUUAAACUGCUAUAUUCAUAUUUUGCUAGUGCAUGAAUUUCUAGCACACUUUUGAUUCACAGUUGAUUCAAUCCAGAAUUGAUUCUGAAAUGUUAAGGUUUUGUUUUACAAUUGCUACAGACUCAAAACCCUUUUCUACCCUUAGCCCACCACCAUAAGCCCUAAUAAGGUAGGUUUCCUCCAGAUCUAGAGCUGCUAGAAAUUGCAGGUUUUGAAAGUUUAAGGAUUUUAUUUUAGUGUUUUCCUUGUGUUAAGAGUUUUUUUAGUCAAAUUGGAUAAUUUCCUAUUGAUGGUCUGAAUCUUUGUUGAAGUCCUUAUUGGAUUAGGAAUGAUAGCAGCCUACAUAUAUACUUAUGUUUUUGCUUUUCCUUGCAAUAAAGAACAAGUUUACGAUGUUUUCUUUGGACUUUCCGUCUAGCAAAUUCUAACCAAUCCUACUUCAGGGAAACCAUCAGAUUUCAACCAUAACCCUAAUUUAUGAACUUUAGAACCUAGGGUUAGUGCAAAACCCAUAUUUUCAUAAAUUUCUACCACAUUUUUCUGGGAUAACUGAAAUGGUUCAUUCACCAAAAGGAAGCAAGAAUGUUGGAUAACUUACUAUAAUGAGUGCAAAAGCUGUAGAAUAGCAUUGACCCAAUAGCAACAAACAGAGAGAAAAUCAAGACAUAGCCCUCAUGAAAUGGCAAAACAAAACAUCUAAUGUUCAAUCAAACCCCAACUUUGGCAGAAAGCUUUAGUUGAGGCUUGUUGUUUAUAUUGGGGAGACAGUUGAAUGUAACUUCCAUGAUAUCAGCUGAAAUACUUGGAGGGAGCUGAGGACUUUUUUCCAUACUCCCUGGUGUUCCUUUGUUUCCAAAUAAAGGAGAUAUAGCCUGAACAAGCGACCUUUAGGAUGACUGUUAAUUAGGUUUUGCCUUUUUAUGAAUAUUUUUGCCACCAAAGCUAACAAUCCAUGUCCAUAAUCCCUAGUUGUUUUUACUUCAUAUAAAUAAGAGGGCGUAAAACCCAAAUUUACCAUUGCACUUAGGAUACAACAACAACAAACUAAGUCUUGUUUUUGAUAACUUUGGGGUUGCUUGUAUGAAAGGUAAAAAAAAAAAAAAAAAAAAAAGAAUCAUAUUAGGUCAUAGUUUGGAAUCAUCUUUUGCAUCACUCAUUUCUAAAAAAAAUAAUUUUUUUAUCUAUUUUCUUAACCCAUAAGUCAUUUCUUAUUACUUGCAUCCACGUAUUUUAUAGUCUAUCUCUAGAAGUUUUAGUCUCUUUUAAAUCCAAAAACCCAUUUCUGCUAAUUAGUGCAUAGAUAGGCUUACGUUUUACAUGUCAAAACCAUCUCAAAUGGCCAUCUCUUAUUUUUUCCUCAAUUCCGACUACUCUAAGCUUCUUCAAAUCUCUUCAUUUUUUAUUUUAUCUCUUCCAGUCUUACCACACAUUCAUCUAAAUAUCUUCAUUUUAGCUACGCUUAUUUUCUUUUUAUGUUGUUUCCUAAAGGUUUAACACUUAGUCCCAUAUAACAAAGCUAACCUUACAAUUAUUUUAUAUAACUUCACCUUUAAUUUCAAAGGCAUGUUAUGAUCACACAACAUACUCGACACAUUUCACCACCUCAUUCAUCUUACUUGAAUCAUAUGAUUUACAUCUCUUUUUAUCUUAGCAUCACUCUAAAUCUCAGAUAUUGAAAAUGAUUACUCUUAGGUAUUACCUCACCAUCCAAUUUAAUCACAUUAGCACUCUCUUCACUAUGACUUCUAAACUUACAUUCCAUAUAUUCAGUUUUAGAUUUACUCAAUUUAAAGCAUCAUGACUCCAAUGAUGCCAUCAUAAUUCUUAUUUUAUAUCAGGGUCAUCACUAGUUUCAGCAGCUAAGAUUAUAUCAUCGACAAAUAACAUAUACAAUGACACCUUAUCUUAGAUAUGUCCAGUGAGCUCGUUUGUAAUUAAUGCAAAAAGAAAUAGACUUAGUCUUAAGCCUCAAUGUAAUCCUAAGGUAAUUGGAAAGCUUUCAGUCAAGUCCUCAAAUGUCUUCACAUUUGUUACAAAUCUUUUAUAUUUAUCUUUAACUAUGUUAAUGUACUUUAAAAAAACUCCUUUCUUCAUUAAGGCCAACCAAAGUACCUUUCGAGGAAUUCUAUCAUAUGUUUUCUCAAAGUUGAUAAAUGCCAUAUAUAGAUCUUUUUUUCUCUCUCGAAAACUUUCUAAUAAAAGCCUCAAUAGGUGAAUUGCAUUUGUUGUAGAGCAUCCUUGAAAAAAUCCAAAUUGUUUUUCAAAAAUAGUGACCUCAUAUCGCAACCUACAUUCAAUUACUCUCUCACAAAGUUUCAUAAUAUGACUCAUAAGUUUUAUUCCUUCAUAGUUUAGGGUAAUAAACCUACAUUCAAUUACUACCAUUGUAAUUACGGUAAUUGAUCAAAUUUAAUACUCAUCUUUGAAUGGGUAUAGUUUUACCAUUAUAUAGUUUUAAUUUGGUUUAAAAGUGAUUAAAAGUUAUCGAUAAAAGAAUAUUUCACGAGGAAAUAAAAGAAUAUUCUACAAAGUAUUCUAACUCCAAAUUGGAAAGUGAAAUUGCACCUGUUCAAAAAUGGGUAAAUUUGAUCCAUCAUUGAAAGUAGAGUGGUAAAUUUGGACAUUAUCCCAAUAGCUAGCAAUUUUUUUACUAUAGUGAUCAACCUGCAUAGCUAGUAAUUUGUACAAAUGUACAUACUUCUUUACACUUUAAUAGGCCAUUGCUUUUGUUUACUUACUCUUGGGAGGCUUACAUAACUUGUCAGAAGAGAGAACCUGAAUGAACUCUUCCAAUAUAAAACACUUCCGGCUGACUAGAUUAAAGUGAAAAUUAUAAGGAGUUCUAUAAUAUGUUCAUGUUAUUUAAAGCCUCUACUUAUGGUUUAAUUAGGUUUUCUUGAUUACUUAUCCUCCUUGUAGAGGCUAUUUUAUUAGUUCAUGUGAUAGGUUAUUUUAUUAAUUAUCUUCCUUGUUAUAGGCUAUGUUCAUGUUAUUUGACACUUGAUGAUCAAGAUCAAGUUAUUUGUUAUGUAUCUUAUGCUGCAAGAAACGAUAAACUGUUAUUUCAUAUAUAAGAUGUACGAAACAGUUAUGGUGUUGUCUUAUCGGAGCAAUUUUGUGCUUAUAAAAACAUCACAGUGGUUGUAAUCUUAAUUUUUCAUGGCCUUAUUGUUUAUAAUAAUUGUCAAAUACUAAGUCAUGGCAGAAUCUACCUCAUUUCUAUCUAGAAGUUUUAAUUCAAUUUACAAUUUACAAGGUACUGGAGAAGUUGUAAAGUCACUUUUCUCUGUUUAUUUUUGUUUCAAUGUAUUCAUUUGUAGCAUGAUCUACACUUUUGUAUCCAUAAAUUAUAUGCAUGGUAACUUACAUUUUGUAAUCUAAUCUUACUGUUGAAGGUAUCUGAAAGAUUUUGCUCAGGUGCCUAUGAGAAAGUUACACAAAUAAUUUUGUUCUUCAGGCUGUGUAUUAUUAUAAUUUACGGGGUAAGCCUAUGGAGAGUUUUGUCCAUAAAUGUCGUCUUUAGUGCAGAGAAGAGAAGCCUAGGAAGAGAAUCUGCACUUCUUUCUACUUUGAUUCUGGUCACAUAUAAAGGAUGGCAAAAAUUUAGGAUAUUUUCUGUAGUGUAAAAAUCUGUGACAAAUAUAAUGGUGUGUAACAAUGGUAAUUCUUGAAAACAUAAUUUGCCAUCUGCAUCCAUCUCAAUUUAUCUAGGUAGGAAGAUUUUUUCUAAAAAACUUGUGUUAUCGGUUAAGUGCAUGUCGGGGAUAAGAAAACAAUGCAACAAAGUCUUACUUCCUGCAAACUAUUGUGUUUUAAUACUUUUGCAAGGCAUUAUGGAGUAUGAACUGAAAAAGAACAUCUUGAGUUGAUGUUAUGCUUAGUGACCAGUGGGUGAUAGUAGCUGAGACCUUGCUUUACAGUGUGCAUCUUAGCAAAUGAAAGUUAGUCUAGACAACGUACGUGUAAAAGUGGUGAGCAUUGUUCAGUGAGGCAUUCUGGUGAAAUUAGAUCCAAGAUUUCAAAGAGCUAUUUCAUGGUUCUCUACUUUCCUAUAUGUAAACAGCCACUCAAUCAAAAAGUUUUAAUUGUUAGGUGAGAAUUGAAGAAUAGUUUCUACAUUCACUAACAUGAUCCCUAUGUUUAAAUCGCUUGGUUGAAAGCGUCGACAAAGAGGUUUUGGUACGUCAUUAAGAACCAGUCAACCUAAAACCUAAAGAUGUUAGGUUAGGUUUUAAUAAGAACUUUUACUGUCAAUGCACUAAGGUUUCCAACAUUAGAGCUUUAGAUCUUAUAUGCCAUAUGUGUGCUUUAGAUUAGACCACCUUUGACCAUGUUGUUGUUGCUGAUUGAAAUUUGGUUGAUUCGCAAUAAAAGCUGUUGGAGUUCAUUAUCAGUUUCUUCCAUCUUUAUGCUAACAUUAGAACUGUAUUCAAUUGAUAGUUGAUUUACAUGCUUAUUAGCAUUGGAUAGAUAUUUUCAUCUGUAAGUAUUCGCUACAUCUUUCGCUCUAUUCUUCCAUUUGUUAGCAUUUUGAUUCUCAUAUACAGAAAUAUUGAGUUGCCGCGAAAAGGACUAGUCUUAAGGAAUUCAAGAUUCAUAUGCUCCUCUCUAGUGUUUAAACUUGCAGACAUUAAUGUGAUGGUAAAUUUUUCUAGAUAGACUGCUUUGUAACUCUGAUGGUAGGACCAUUGGUGCAUUUUUAACAUGUCUUAAUAUGACUUGUGACUUGAUAUUCUUUUAAUCAUUUUCUUUGGAUCAUAAUUCAUGUUGCUUUGUAUGAUUUUAUAUGUAUUCCAUUUAUGAUUAUUUCAUCUUAUAGCAUUUUUAUUUUGUUUCGGUUAUGGUCGGGUAAUGAAGUCAUUUCUUACUGGCAUGAUUGAUCUUGCCUGCAUGAAAGAAGCUCUAUGCUUGGAAAUACAUGCAAUUAGAUGUUAGAUUUUCAUGUUACCCGCAGCUUCUUUAUGAGGCAACAUGUUGCUGAUUGAUAGAAAGGCGUGCACUUCUAAUCUUGUAUAGCAUUUCUAUUGUCAGCCAGUACUGCAAUCUGGAAUUUAUCGAAUAGGUUGAAUUGUGAACUGCUUCAACCUUUUCAUGGCUUACUUCCUGUCCUGGAUGCAAGAUCCUUCAAGUGGGGAAAUAUCCAUGAGCAUUGUUUUUCAUGGCUUACUGCUGAUUUUAUGUUACUUAAUGGCUUACUGCCGGUCUAACUGAUGGCGCCUGAGUGGCCCGGGUCCGGGCUUGAGAUUAAAAGUUACGUGGAUUCUUCUACAGCUGGUGAGUAAAACGACGACGUCUUCGGACGUUGAGGUACAAAAGACCGGUGUCUCCGUACGCGGCCUUGUAUUAGCGACUUUGAGCCAAAGCUUCUACGACAAAGUAACAGAACAGGAACAACCGACAAACAGAUACGAAAGGUACUAUCCCUUUCUCUUUGCAAAGACAUAUUAUUCGGUUAUUACUGUAUGCAAUGUAAAUGUAAUACAAUGGUAUUGAAAACCAAGGAUCUGAUCUGGGAAUCACUUACAAUCUUCUACUCGUGUCCGUCCUUGAACUGAAUUUUGAUGUUGCUGAGAAAGCAGAGUUUGCAUAACAGAAAAAUGUAGUGUUUGUUGCAACCUAAGGGGCUGGUUUGGUUCGAAAAUAGAUGCACGAUAAUCUAGGACCCUUUCCUGGAGUGUCAGGACCGCCACUAUAUACCCCAUCCAAUCCUUUUGGGAAUGCAUUUUAUGGAGCUGGUUCUGGACUAAUUCGAGGAGGAUUAGGGGCAUAUGGAGGGAAACUUUUUGGGUCAGGCUCUGAUUACGUACAAAGCAAUAUAAGCAAGUACUUCUCUGAUCCUCAAUAUUACUUCCAAGUGAAUGAUCAUUAUGUCAGGAAUAAACUGAAGAUUAUUUUGCUUCCUUUUCUACAUAGAGGUCACUGGACAAGAAUUACAGAGCCAGUUGGAGGCAAGCUCUCGUAUAAACCUCCAGUUAAUGACAUAAAUGCCCCUGAUUUAUACAUUCCAUUUAUGGCAUUUGCUACCUACUUGGUUCUUGCCGGCAUCUCAUUAGGCCUUUCAGGAAAGUUUAGUCCGGAGGCCUUGAAUUGGCAGUUUGUUAAAGGGCUGAUGGGCUGGUUUCUGCAAGUGAUGCUGCUGAAGAUAUCAUUGCUUUCUCUAGAGGGAGAAGAGGCCCCAUUGCUUGACAUGAUAGCAUAUGCUGGAUAUUCUUUCAGUGGGAUAUGUGUGGCCAUGGUGGCACGGAUCGCUUCAAGCUAUUCAUAUUACUUAAUAGUUUUGUGGAUAUGUUUGUGCAUGGGCACCUUUCUGGUGAAGACAAUGAAAAGAACUCUAUUUGCAGAGAUCAGAAGUUAUGAUUCAAGCAAGCACCACUAUCUCUUGCUCUCCAUUGCUGUUGCUCAGUUUCCUUUAAUAUUCUGGCUCAGCAACCCUACUGGGAAUUGAUUUUUCUGAAGCAAUUCAUCGAGUUUGUUCACCUUUCCCUUGAUGGUUCCCCUUGCUGAUAGUAUUUUAUUCUGUCUACAGCAUAGCUUGAGUAUUAGCAAUUGAAUUCUUUUCUAUCACAUAGCAGGAAGAUUCUUUGUAACCCAAAAUUAUGUAUGAUCUGCUAUUUGAUUGGCGAGUUGAGUUUUGGAUAUCAAAAACUUGAUCUAAUCAAAAAAAUUUUCUUUACUGUGCUGAUUUUUAGCCUCAGAUUUUUUU